AACCUGUCAACAAUAUCUAUUUGUACGUUAAUUUACUAUGGCUUUCAAAUUUCCUACUUGUUUGAUCGUGUGAAUAAUAUAGGUAUCGUCAAAAAUAAAAUAAGUUACGAAGAAAAUUAUUUGAGGAACAGGAUUAACCAUGAAGACAAUUUGGUUGUAAUAUAUAACAGGGUUCCUAAAACUGCUUCAACUAGUUUUGUAGGAAUUGCAUAUGACUUAUGCAAACAAAAUAAGUUUCAUGUAGUUCACAUUAAUGUCACAUCCAAUAAUCAUAUAUUAUCUUUAAGUAAUCAGAUUAAGUUAGCAUGGAACAUAUCGCAGUGGGAUUCUUUAAAGCCUGCCCUUUAUCAUGGUCAUUUUGCCUUUUUGGAUUUUCAGAAGUAUGGGAAUAACAAGCCAUUUUUUAUUAACAUAAUUCGGAAGCCGCUAGAUAGAAUGGUAUCAUAUUAUUAUUUUUUAAGAUAUGGUGAUAAUUUCCGACCAUAUUUGGUAAGAAGAAAGCAUGGUGAUACAAUGACAUUUGAUGAAUGCGUAAUAAAUGAAAAUUCAGACUGCAGUCCAAACAAUAUGUGGCUUCAGGUGCCAUUUUUUUGUGGACAUGCUGCGAAUUGUUGGAAACCUGCAAGUAAAUGGGCGCUUACCGAAGCCAAGAAGAAUCUAAUCAAUAACUACCUUGUUGUUGGCGUAACAGAAGAAUUAAAAGAUUUUGUGCAAGUAUUAGAAUUAAGUUUGCCCAGGAUGUUUAGUGGAGCAGUUGAUUAUUUCAUGAAAAGCAAUAAGUCUCAUUUACGUCAAACGAUUCAGAAAACGCCACCAUCAGAAGAAACAAUUAAUAUACUAAAACAAUCACCGGUUUGGCAAAUGGAAAACGAUUUCUACGAAUUUGCACUCGAACAGUUUCACUUCAUUAAAAAACAAAUUCAGACUCAACAAAAGUUUAUUUAUGAAAAAAUUAGACCUAAAUAAAUCAAUUAAAGCAUU